AUGUACAAGAAAAACAGAGAACUUAGGCGGACUGACAUAUUGGCGAAAAGAACAUGCCUUAUCGCAUGUUUUUUUAUUAUCCUGUGUCUAUUGGUGAUAGUAUCUAUUCUUUUUCUUCGUUCUCUAUUUGAACAGGAAUCUUCAUCAUCAUCGCCGUCGUCAUUGUCAGGGCAGAUACAUCUGGAGUCUUCUGCAGUUCAUAGCCGCACUGUUCUUACAGCUUCUCGAUCUACUGCUACUACCAAUACAUAUCCUACUACUACUACUACUAUUACUCCUACUCCUAAUACUAUUAGAACCACUACUAGUAGUACAACUACAACUACUAAAACGGAUACUCGUACUACUGUUGUUAAAAUGCAAGGAUUUUGCUUUUCACCACGUUCGCCGUCAAAACCACGAGCAUCACAAUUUGCCAUACCAUGCAUUCCCACUGAUGUGAACUACAGUAACUAUAGUGGAAUGCCA